GGAUUGCGUCAGAUCCAGUCUGUUGGAGAACCACUUCCGGUUUCCAGCUGUGGAUUCCUAUUGUCUGAUCCUCCUGCAUCAUGGCAGAACCUUUGGACCUCUCCCCACCAGACAUCCCAGAACCAAGCUUUUUGGAGAUGCUACUCCGCUAUGGCCUUUUUUGUGGAGCCAUUUUCCAGCUGAUCUGCAUAUUGGCCAUUAUCUUUCCAGGAAGCAAAACACAGGAUGUGGACACUGAUUCUACUGAAACCAAAGUAUCCGAGGUGAUCAGAAAACCCAAAAUGCCAGCAGUGCCCACUGGUAAAAAACAAAAGAAGGAAACAAAGAAGAAGAGGUGAGAAAAGGGAGCGCAAAAGCCAGCCUCUCCUGCUACCCAUGCAAGCACAUCAAGGCCGUAUACACCUCCACUGCUAUUUCCUGCAGAUCAUUUACAGCACUUCUUUUUAUUUGCAUUUUUCUACAGUUUUUGUACUGCGUAACAUACCAGACGGACCUGACUCAUGGUUUAUUGUUCAUGAUACAAACUUAUUGACCUGUAAAAUAUCAGUAUAACGUAUUGGUGGUUUUUUUUUGUGUGUGUAAUACUGAACAUAACAUUUUGCUCUGCUGAUUGUAAUAUCUGUACACGCUGACUAUGCAUGGUGAGUAUUAUACAAACAUAUCUGUUUUGUAUUUUAAAUGGAUUGUGCCGAACAGAUAUAACAUUAAAUAAAAACUCUAGAACAGUUAUAUAGCUAA